ACGUUUCACCAUAUCCCAGUACAACGGCGGAACCCCAACCCAACUGUAAAUAAAAUUGUAAAUAUUUAAAAAGUGAACAUUAAUUUCGAAUCAUUUCGAUUUUAUGUUUAAAAUUUAAAAAAAUAUGCUCGCGUGUGUAUAGAUAAUUUAGUAUUUUUAAAGGACGGAUUAGAUAACGAACCAAGAUGAUCGACCCCAGCUCGUCAGAGGAAGACAGUGAUGACGAGCAUAAGAAGCAGCCAUCUAAAUUGCCAGUGGUGCCCCCCGGGUCGCUGGCGGGUGGUCGGCCCUCAGUCCGGGGCAAGCCGGAGCUACCGCGCGGGUCCACUGUGGGGCUACCAGGUGCGAGUCCACUAACUACAGCCCCACUGGCCGCCCCCCUUCACCCCGCAACCCGGCAAAGAGAAGCAGCAGCUUUAGCGCCACCACCACAUGCAUCUUUCUUGCGCAGGACGUCGACGGGCAGCGCCAGUUCGGGGGAGGCUCCAGCGCCCUCCCCAAGCCCGUCUGGAGCAAGCCAUUCUGAUAAGGACCAAGACCCUCAGGAGAAGAUCGAAAAGCUAGAAGAAGACAAAAAACGCCGGCUUCAACUGUACGUGUUUGUGUCAAGAUGUAUCGCGCAUCCAUUCAACGCAAAGCAGCCGACAGAUAUGACGAGAAGGCACACGAAACUGACGCCACAUCAGCUGGAGACCAUACAAGCCAGGUUUCAGGCUUUCCUCAAAGGUGAAACACAAAUCCUGGCAGAUGAGGCUUUCCAGAACGCGGUUCAGUCGUACCAUGAUGUCUUUCUUAAGUCCGAACGAGUGGAGCAAAUGGUCAAGUCUGGUGCUUGUUCCCAUCAUGAUUUCCGGGAGGUCUUCAGAAACAACAUUGAAAAGAGAGUCAGGUCUUUACCAGAAAUAGAUGGUUUAAGUAAAGAAACAGUCUUAACGUCAUGGCUAGCUAAAUUCGAUUGUAUAAUGAAAGGAACGGGGAUUCCCGGAGACGACGAGUCCAAGAGGCCAAGUCGAGCUCAGCAGCAGAGCCUCAAUGCUGAGUGCAUCCUCAGCAAGGAGCAGCUCUACGACAUGUUCCAGCAGAUCCUCGGGGUCAAGAAGUUUGAACACCAGCUGCUUUUCAAUGCUCUUUUGUUGGACUCAGCAGACGAGCAGGCUGCAGCCAUCAGGAGGGAGCUAGACGGAAGAAUGCAGAAAGUCAAUGAGAUGGAAAGGAACCGCAAGCUAAUGCCCAAAUUCGUGCUGAAAGAGAUGGAAUCACUCUACAUCGAAGAACUGAAGUCUUCGAUCAACCUCCUCAUGGCCAAUUUGGAGUCCUUGCCCGUGUCGAAGGGCGGCGCAGACUCCAAAUAUGGCUUGCACAAAAUCAAGCGGUAUAAUCACAGACCAAACGCGGGACCAGACCCGGCUCCAAGGCUGAGUAAGCAGCUGUGUUUCAGAUCGCAAGGGUCUCUUGCCAACAAGUUGACUGGUGAAGCCGACGGUGGUGACGUCGACACGCAACUCACGAAAAUGGAUGUAGUGUUAACUUUCCAGAUUGAGGUGGUAGUUAUGGAAGUAAAAGGUCUGAAAUCUCUAGCACCUAACAGAAUAGUUUACUGUACGAUGGAAGUGGAAGGGGGAGACAAAUUACAAACGGAUCAAGCUGAAGCAUCUAAACCCAUGUGGGAUACCCAAGGUGACUUCAGCACCACACAACCCCUUCCAGCCGUCAAAGUCAAACUGUAUACUGAAAACCCUGGUAUGCUCGCGUUAGAAGACAAAGAAUUAGGCAAAGUCGUUUUAAGGCCUACACCUUUAUCUAGUAAGGCACCUGAAUGGCAUCGCAUGAACGUACCCAAGAACCUGCCAGAUCAAGAUUUGAGAAUCAAGAUAGCAUGUCGAAUGGACAAGCCAUUGAACAUGAAGCACUGCGGCUACCUCCACGUGAUCGGCAAGAACGUGUGGCGGAAGUGGAAGCGUCGGUACAUGGUUCUGGUCCAGGUCAGCCAGUACACCUUCGCAUUGUGUUCAUACAAAGACAAGAAGUCAGAGCCGGCGGAGAUGAUGCAGCUAGACGGGUUCACUGUAGAUUAUAUAGAGUUGGCUAGCGCGCAACUCAUCGUCGGGCAAGGUAAAAAACAUUUUACAGAAUUGGAGGGGGCCAAGUAUUUCAUGAAUGCAGUACGGGAUGGAGAAUCAGUGUUGAUGGGGGUGACUGAUGAGAAUGAAUGUCAUUUGUGGGUGAUGGCACUGUAUAGAGCUACUGGGCAGAGUCACAAGCCUACUCCACCGACAACAUCAGAUACGCAUAUUAAAAUUAUGGGAGAUGCGGACAAAGCUCGCAAGCAUGGUAUGGAGGACUACAUUCAAGCUGAUCCCUGCCAGUUUGACCAUCAUCUACUCUUCUGUAUGUUGCAAUCGCAAACUCUGAAAUAUCGCCUGCAAGAUCCGUACUGUUCACUGGGCUGGUUCUCUCCCGGGCAAGUAUUUGUCCUAGACGAAUACUGCGCUAGGUACGGAGUGAGAGGAUGCUAUCGCCACCUUUGUUACCUCUCCGAUCUUCUAGAUGUAGCAGAAAGCGGUCAACAGACAGUUGAUCCGACAUUGAUGCAUUAUUCUUUUGCUUUCUGCGCGAGUCAUGUGCAUGGAAACAGCGCUGAAGAAGGCAGUUCCGGAGUAAGUUCCACGGUGGAGGUCGUUCACAGUACCGCGACCUUGCCUGGCAGGCCAGACGGAGUGGGCAGCAUCACGGUGCAGGAGAAGGAGAAGUUUGCCGAGAUCAAGGAGAGGCUGAAGACGCUGCUGCAGCAUCAGAUCACGAACUUCAGAUACGCGUUCCCGUUUGGACGGCCUGAAGGCGCUUUGAAGGCAACACUGUCACUGUUAGAACGGGUGUUAAUGAAGGACGUGGCGACUCCAGUGGCUCCCGAAGAAGUCAGGGCGAUGAUACAGACAAGCCUCGAAAACGCGGCUUUACUGAACUACACACAGCUUAGUCAGAAAGCUAAUAUUGAAGAGGAUUUAAGAGGCGAAACGAUGGUGACGCCUUCGAAGAAACUGGAAGAUCUGACUCAUUUAGCGGAGCUGUGUGUUGAUCUACUUCAGCAAAACGAAGAACACUAUGCUGAGGUUUAUAACACAAAACCGGAUUCUAGCGGGCAACCAAAUGCGUUCGCGUGGUUCUCGGAACUGCUCGUGGAACAUGCUGAAAUCUUCUGGGCGCUGUUUGGUGUCGACAUGGACAGGGUCCUGGCUGAACAGCCUCCGGACACUUGGGACUCUUUCCCGCUGUUCCAGAUUUUGAAUGAUUAUUUAAGAACAGACGAAAACCUCAAAGGUGGACGGUUCCAUGAGCAUCUGCGAGACACGUUUGCACCCCUGGUGGUGCGGUAUGUGGACCUGAUGGAGUCUUCGAUAGCACAGUCCUUGCAUAAAGGGUUCGAGAAGGAACGGUGGGAGAUCAAAGGUAAUGGUUGUUCAACCAGCGAGGAGUUGUUCUGGAAGCUGGACGCGCUGCAGUGCUUCAUCAGGGACCUGCAUUGGCCUGAGCCAGAAUUCCGCUCGCACUUGGAACAGAGGCUCAAGCUGAUGGCCAGUGAUAUGAUGGAGACUUGUAUACAGAGAACCGAGGCUUCUUUCCAGUCGUGGCUUAAGAAGAGCGUUACGUUCAUGUCGACUGACUACAUCCUACCGGCGGAGACGUGCGCGAUGGUCAACGUGGCGCUGGACGCCAAGAACCAGGCGCUGAAGUUGUGUGCUGUCGAGGGCGUUGAUAUUUACCAAUACCACGCUAAGAUGGACGCGCAGAUUGAGGCGUGUCUCCAAGCAAUGGCUACUGGAAUGACUACAAGAUUGUCUGCGGUCCUGGAAGCAACGCUCGCAAAAAUCGCUAGGUUUGAUGAAGGAAGCUUGAUCGGCUCCAUCUUGACGAUAGCUAACGUGUCCGGCUCCGGCAAGGACAUCGGCCAGGGCUAUGUCAACUUUAUGAGGAACUCCAUGGACCAAAUCAGAUCUAAGGUGACGGACGAGCUGUGGAUCCUGCAGCUGUUCGAGCAGUGGUACGGCGCGCAGGCGGGGCAGCUGGACGCCUGGCUCGCCGAGCGGCCCGCGCUGCACGUGCACCAGGUCGCCUGUCUCUCCAUCAUACUCAAGAAAAUGUACAGUGACUUCGAGUUGCAAGGCGUGAUCGACGACAAGCUGAACUCGAAGGUGUACCAGAACGUAGCGGCGAGGAUGCACACAGAGGAAGCAACAUGCAGUCUACUACUGGCGCAACAGGACGCUGGCGGCGGUGAUGACGGAGGCUCAGAAGAGGGAUCCCGAACCGGAAAGUCCAAAUUAGAGGCGCUGACAGAAGAAGCCAAGUUAGGAAAUGUCACCGCUGUCGUAGGAAAGGUUGGCAAUAUCUUCGGCCGCGGCAUUGGAGAGCUUUCAACGAAAUUAGGUGGCCCAUCGUCUUGGUUUUAGCGCAUUACAUGCCCAAAAAAUUCACAAGUGUUUGUAAACAUAACUUCCUUUGCAUAUAUUGACGUACUGAGAUGAGAUUUCAAACUGCUUUUUGCUGCUGCAUCUAAAACGCAUUUUUAGCUGAUAACAAAUUAUUCGUUAAUGCUGCAGUAUCAAAAAGCGUUUAACUAUUCUGUGAUGACGAUAAAAACCUUCUUUUGCAUUCGAUUAAAAUCUAGAAUGUCCGCCAUUUUGCAUGUAAGAAUUUAAUUGUUACAAAAUGGCGUUUAUGCGCUAUAAUUAUAUAAUAUAAGUGGCCAGUUGAUGCAUAGCUUAGUGUGAUUACUUAGAGUAAACAAGGUCUAGAUUUUAUUUUAUAAAGGCUUUAUGUACAGUUAAUAUCAUCAUUCGUUUAUUGGAGCAAAUAACGUGGAAUAGAUGUUAAGAGUAGUAUUUGAUAACACGAUUAUUUAUAAUGAAAAACAUUAUAUAUGAGUGCAUACAUAAACAUAAUGCUACAAUAAGAAAACAUAUCGCUUUGGCAAAAUUAUUUCAUGUGUUAUAAAAUUAAUGCCAUUGAUAUAUUUAUUUACAAAUAAAUUAUAUUGAAUGGAGUCAGGUUGAAAUGCGAGUGUGAGAAAAAGAUGUUUUAUUAUUAUUUAUAAUAGUUACCUACUUUAAAUAAAUUUACGUUAAACUUUCUAUAAACUGUUGUUCGGGAAAGCGUUUGUUUUGUGUGACACUAUUCAUAUUCACCUCCAUAAAGAGUGACAUAGCACAUAGACUUAAAAAGUGCAGAAUUUUUAAUGCAUCUCUUUCUAUUUACCUAUAACUUCAGAAACAGUAUUUUUCUAAUUAAUGAUAAAUCCACUAUUAAACAUCGGUUGAUUUGUCGAAUUAAAACUCGAAAUCUUCUGAAGUUUUUGUGUUUUUAUAAAAACAAAUAUGGCGCCAAAUAUUUAUUUUUUGAACGUCUAUGUUGCCAGUAAAUAUCACCCUUAUUUAGGGGAAAGGUUAAUUGUUUUUAUAAAAAUGCAUGAUAAAUUAGCCACUUUGCUGUAGUAUAAUUCUCUAUUUAUAUUUUGAUUCUCUGUAGAUUCUAAUAACGAUCUAGUGACUUUUACCUUGACUAGUCGUCAAAAUAAUAAACUAUUUAUAAAAACUACUAUAUUAUAGUUAUAUUUGUUAACAAAAUAAUAUUCUUCUACGCUAAACACCUUACAAAUUUUUGAACUAGAAAAAUUUAAAAUCCUUAGAUAAAACUUUAAUGAAUAAAAUAGCGUAUAGACGCUACGCUGAGUCGCCUUAAAUUGUCUUGUUGAGAACGGCUUAAAAAAUAGACCUCAAACUGUUACUACGAACUCUUCUAAAUGUAUAUUAUUCACAAUAAAUACCUUUAAUAUCAUUUUCACAUUUUUUGGCUUGUUGAAACCUGUAAAGAGUUUUAUAGCUCAAGUAAUGUUCUGGCUUAACAUAAAAAUAAGUCGCUAGCUCACUGUCAAAUUUUAUUGAUUUGUUAACACUGGUCAUCGAAUUACUAAGUUUACAAUUUAAAUAGCGUUGCCACUAUUUUUCAUACUCACGAGGAUACUGAAUGUAUUAAAAAUAUAUAUAUAUAUAUAAUCAUGUAUAACGUCACAAUAGGACAGUAAUGGAAUGGCACAGUAUGUAACGUAAAGAAAAAGUAAUGUAGUGCUCACGUAUCAUAAAUAGUUAAUAGAUGUCAUAUGUUAUUCAAAUAAUUAACAAAAAAGUAUCGGCAAUUUUAAUACGCAGUUUUUUAAGUGUUUUGUAAGCAUAGUUGUAUUUUUUCAUACAUGAAAAUCACCAAUUCACAAAUACCUAACAUGUUUUUGUUGUACGGAACCACGAUUAGUUAUUACAUAAUUAUUAUUUUUUAAUUCUUUUUUAUUUAACGAGAUUUAUUUUUAUGUAUAGUUCAUAAAAUAUGAAUAAACGAUGCAAUUAGUUCACACGAUUGUAAAUUAACGCUGUUACUAUGAUAUAAUAUUCAAUAUUAGACGUUAAUUGGACGUUUUAAAUAAGAAUUCACAAUUUCAAUUUCAAAGACAUACGAUGUGGAAUUGUAAGAAUUUGCCUUUACUUUAACUUCUAAAUACUCAGGUAUUAGAAAAAAGUAAAAUUGUGCAUGAUUACUCUUUAUUUGUGUAUUAAUUUUAUGUUAACCGCGUAAAUAUAAACCUUAUUUUUUUCUAUCGAUUUUUUUUUCAAAGCCGCGAAAGAAAAAAGGAAAAAAAAAUACAAUAAGGAUCUGCCUACUGCCUACACUACUCCUAAUAGGUAGUGAUAAAACGCAACGCUCCGAAUAUAAUCAUAAAUUGUUCUAAUAUUCACGGAAAAUUACAGUCAUGUGAACUUAAUCUAACUUUAUACAUAAUCAUUAUCGCAUUAAUUGAUCACAUUUUUUUUGGGUAUCGUGCUCAAUCGAAUGAAAACGACAGUUUUGUAGUGUUUAAGAGCAUUAUGAUCUGACUGAAGUAAAUACAUAGAUUGCUUGUAUGAUUUUGCUAAGAGGGAAACUCACAGUGGUAUGGUAAAUGAUUACAUCGACGUUCAAAAUUAGUCGUAGAUUAUAGAUCUACAAAAAAAAAGUACUUAUUUAACAAAACAAAAUCGUAGUUUAAACUUCAAAUAUUUGAAUAAUUAUAAUAAAAUAUUAUAAUAGACAGGUCUUGCCAGCGGAAAUUAAUUCAAUAUUAUACUUAAAUUAACUAACGUUCACUUUUGAUUUCACACUUUCAGUUCUUGUGAAAUUAGAAAUUCAUUUUGAAUUUAUUUAAGCAAUACUUAUAUGACUUUACUUACCUUCAAAUGGGAAAUAAAAAAUAGUAUAAAUGCUGGAUUAUAAAAAUAUAUCAUUAAGCAGUUGCGCGUACACCUGUGUGCCUGUGACAAUCAUGACUACAUUAUACAACAAUGACCGUGAUUCAAAUUAUAUGUGAAUGUGAAUGAAAGCCCCUGUGAGUUUCUUUAGAUGCUUGGGGAGCCGUCGAGUGUAUCGCGAAUGUAAUGGGAUACAAUAAAAUAUUUACAAUAAAAAUGUUUACUGUUCC